AUGUCGGUCGAGUUCAAUAUCCUCACGCCUAAUGCCAUGCUCGGCUACGGUUACGAGCAUGAGCAUUUUUGGUAUGGAAUUGAGGAAUUCAAACCCAAAGCCAUCAUAGUUGACAGUGGCUCUACCGAUGGGGGUCCAUACAAGCUUGGACUGAACCAGAUGACUUGUGGGAAGGAGUCGUACAUCAAAGACCUCACGCCUGUUCUACAGGCCUGCUUUCACCAAAAGAUCCAAGUCCUCAUUGGAUCUGCUGGCGGAGAUGGGAGUGAUAAGCACGUCGAAGAAAUGUUGGGCUUCAUUACAGAGAUCGCUCUCAAGGAAGGAUUUUCGUUCAAAGUGGCCACCAUCGCUGCUGGUUUUGACAGAGAGCUUUUGAAUAAGCGCAUCACUAACCAGAAGGUCUCUCCUUGCGGUCCGGUGGAGGAGUUGACACUGGAAAGUGUAGAACGUGCAAUUGGUAUUGUCGCUCAAAUGGGCGAAGAGCCAUACACGGAGUCUCUAAAACAGAAGCCAGAUAUUAUAAUCGGGGGCCGGUCGUAUGAUCCAGCUCCCUUUGCGGCUUUUGCAAUGUAUCAUGGGGCACAACCUGGCGUUGCCUGGCACAUGGGAAAGAUAAUGGAAUGUGGUGGGAUUUGCGCCAUCCCCAAAGGACGCUUGAUGGUUGCUACAAUUCGCAAGGAUUCUUUUGAUCUCACACCAUUGGCAUCAGAAGAAAGAUGCACACCGCUUUCUGUUGCAGCGCAUACCUUAUAUAAAAAAACACGGCCAGAUCGCCUCCCAGGGCCGGGAGGCUGCCUUGUCUUGGACGAUGCAUCGUACGAACAAAUCACCGAGAAGACGGUACGCGUGCGAGGUGCAAAAUUUGUUCCAACUCCGACAUAUCAAGUGAAAAUAGAAGGAGUUGAGAAGCUUGGAUACCGCACUAUCUUUAUUGGCGGAAUCCGAGACCCCAUAUUGAUCAGUCAAAUCGAUGACUUUUUGGCCGAGGUACGAGCCUUCACUCAAAAUCGGUUCACCGACCCCGAUAAGUCCCCGGAAUAUCAGCUUACAUUCCAUAUCUAUGGCCGAAAUGGCACCAUGGGCCCGCUCGAGCCGAACUCGGCUACUGAUAUCUGCCAUGAGCUAGGAAUUCUCGGUGAAGUAGUAGCCCCGACUCAGGAGCGCUCAUAUACCAUUGCCAACAGUGCACGGGCAUCCAUUUUACACAUGCCGUACAGGGGUCAAGUAGCUACGACAGGAAACUUUGCGUCCCCCCUCUCACCACAUGAGACGGCAGCAGGCCCUGUGUUCCGAUUCAAUCUCUAUCAUCUUGUCGACCUUCUCCCUGGCGAAGAACUCAAUUUAUUCCCAAUCAAUUUCUACACCAUCGAGAACCCCAGUCGGGGUUUGGCAUCACCUACUCUUACAGAUGAACAAAGGGAGAAGUUUUUGUCCAAGGGCUUAGAGCCACUUACAACCAAGCCUGUUCCGAAGGGAAAAUGCAAGAUGCUAGAAAUUGCAAAGAUAAUUCGUUCAAAGAAUUCGGGGCCCUUUGAAUUGACGUUUGACAUCUUGUUCGAUAGUGAAGAAGCUUAUCGACGAGUGAAGAACGCAAAUGUGCUCACGAACGAGCGCAUGAAGAGGCUCUAUCAUCUCAAAGACGAAGAUAUAAUAACCAACAUGUUCUUCGAACCUGCCUUGGCCUGGAAAUGCACCAUUCGCCGCCCUUGGGAGCAGGGAACCAUUGGGGAGAGAGAUACCUUGGGAACUCAGCAGCAUGGGCCCCUUUUGACCAUCGUGGUUCCAAAAGACGGCGAGGAGAGAUUAUCUCUUCCUUUCCAAGACCGCUCGAGUUUCUCCGCCACAGAUAGUGUCGAUUAUAUUUGGAAGGAGUUGGGAUUCCCGAGCAGUGCCCUUAAAUCUCUGAACCUCACAGGAGAGGGCCUAGGCCUGCCAUCUUCAUUCAAGAUUGGGCAUCUGGCGCAAGCCUCGAUCGGCUUAUCGGCUCUUCUCGCUGCACAGAUCCAUGCACACCGAAACUCCAUCCCGGUACCUUUGGUAACGGUUCCAUUGCAACAUGCGGUGAUUGAGUUUAAGUCAGAGCGACUAUACAUCUUAGACGGCAAACCUAAGCCAUCUCCUUGGGGUCCUAUCGGUGGUCUGCACAAGACAUCAGAUGGCCAUGUCCGUCUUCAUGACUCGUUCCCCAACCAUCGCGAUGGAGCAAAGAUACUAUUGGGCUGCUCAGACGAUGCAGACCGCGAAGAAGUGGGCUCCAAAAUUGCCGCAUGGCGCUCCAUCGACCUCGAGUCUGCUGCCUUUGAUUACAAUAUCGUAAUUUCUGCUCUGCGAAAAUACUCGGAGUGGGACGUUCUUCCACAAGCCCGCGCGAUCUCUGAGUUCCCCAUCCUACUGCGCAAACUGGGUGAUAGUCCGCCAGGUUUGCCGCGAGGUAUGCAGUCUCUUGGCGCAGACAAGUGUCUUCGUGGGCUCCGAGUUCUUGAGCUUUCACGGGUUAUUGCUGCUCCACUCUCUGGUAAAACUCUGGCAGCUCAUGGCGCCGAUGUUCUUUGGGUAACUAGUCCGAAUCUCCCUGAUCUUCCAGCUAUUGAUCGUGAUUUCGGUCGGGGGAAACGAUCUAUUCAUGUAGACCUAUCAUCAGAGGAGGGCCGCGAGGACAUAUCAAACCUUCUCGAAGGGGCUCAUGUUUUUGUCCAAGGCUUCAGACCGGGAAGCGUUGCUUCGCGAGGCCUUUCACCCGCCGAGCUCGCCAAGCGAUUCCAAAGUCGCGGAAUCAUUUGCGCAAACAUGUCCGCCUAUGGACCGAAUGGUCCCUGGAGCAGCAAGAGAGGAUUUGACUCUAUUGUUCAGACAUGCUCUGGAAUGAAUGUAUCCGAAGCGGAACAUUUCGGCGACGGUGCUGCAUCCCGUCCAACACCAUGCCAGGCUCUGGAUCACGCAGGCGGCUAUUUCCUGGCCGCAGGUAUCAUGGCUGCGGUUUAUAAACAGGCAACUGAAGGGGGCUCAUGGGAAGUCGAUGUUUCUCUGGCUGGUGUAAUGAAGUACCUUCGAUCUCUUGGGCAGUUCGAAGGCAAUACUGGUUUCCAGACGGAGGACUAUACGUCUCCCAAAGAUGUGCCCGAAGAAUAUUUGGAGACACGAAAGACUGGAUUUGGAGAUAUGACUGCAGUCAGACACUCUGCUUCCAUUGAAGGGGUCAAUGUUGGGUGGGACAUUAUGCCCAUGGAGUUGGGGUCCGAGAAAAAAGAAUGGCUCAGCAACUAG